AUUUCUAACGUCUGUCAUCGUUUUCCACUAGGGCAUUUCACUUACUUCAUAGAAACCUCACCACCACCGGCCUUGUUACACUUCCACCACCGUCUCCUCGCGUCCGCCUUCCGCGCUUCCCUGUUCUUCCCUGGCCAGUCUCUGACAUUCUUUGAAUUUCUUCUCGGUCACAACCGUCUGUCCCUCUUUGGAGCUCGGAUCCCAUUGCUUUCAAGGCUCGAUCAUAGCGCAUCCAGAGCAUCCACUCGGAAAGAGCUUGUUCCAGCUGGUCCGAUUCUGUGACUAACAGCUUUGCUCUUCUCCUCACGCCGCGCUGGCUUGGCCCGUCUAGCCAACCGCAACUGUCAGUCUGCCACAAAAACCACUUCGGUGGGAAUCUGGGGAAGAAAAAGCUUUUUCAACCCCUGUGCUGAAGGCUCCAUAUUAUUCAUUUUUUCUUUUUUGCGUUGCUGGCACUUGCUCGUGCUUCAUUCGCGACUUGCCCUUUUGAGAGUGGGCGGGCUUUCCGCUUAUAUACAAAGUCGAGCCCACGGCUCCAGAGCUCUCCACCAUGUCUGCCGCAACAACCUCUCCGACCAUUUCUGCCCACAAGGCCUCUUUUUCAACUGGCCCUCCGAGAAACUCGUCUCCUACCGCUCAAUCUCGCAACUCCUCUCGCAACUCGUCCUGCUCAUCGCCCAACCGAGACGGAUCCAAGGCCAGCAGCCGUCGCGAGUCGUUCGGUUCAAUCAAAGAAGACACUGACGGGAUUGCGCAAUCGUUCGUUGAUACACAUCUCGACCGUUUUCACAAGGACCGCUCUAAGCUCGACAGCUUCGAAAUGCAGAUGCAGCAAGCACCGGAAUUCUGCUGCCCCUGCGGAGGGUUCCUAGGGUGGAAAUCUAUUCGUUUGGGUGGGAAGAGUCUCAGUAGAAGCUACAGCGAUCUCCGCGCGCUUGGGAAUAUGAGCGCUCGCGGCUGGGCUUGGGAGGACACUCCCACUGCUCCUGCCCGGGCACCGGAGACGAAGCAAGAAAAGAGACCAGAGCCGGGAUCAUCCUUGCUGGAGAGACUACCGUCGGAGAUUCUAGACCAAAUCAUCUCACAUCUCGCUUUGGACGUUCCGCCAAACGGCUAUACACCGCGAAAUGUGGAUUUGAUUUCGUGUCUCCUCACUUCGAGGACAUUGCAUGCAGCCACUCUAAGCGUGCUGUAUAGGAACAUGACCUUCCCGCACUCCAUCAUCUUUUCCAAGGCUCUCAACCACAUGUCCCAGUAUCCUGCCCUGGGCACCCUAGUUCGUCGCCUCGACUUCUCUCACUUUACAUCUGUGGGUCUCGGCCGUACGAAGCAGAUGAAUUCGGAGAUUCAAAACUUGACACACAAAACACUUCUGCAAUUCUUAGAGCUUUUGCCCAACCUCAAGGAAUGCUUGCUACAAGAGCAUCUCGAAGGAGACAUUAGCGUAGAAGUGAUUUCUAAGCUGUUCAACGGGCUUCCGAAUCUGGCUGCCGUUGACUUCUGUGGUAGCUCCUCAUCACACUUCUCGACUGUUUUCCAGCAGGCUUUGAACUCUGAACCUGGUCUUCCUUUGACCCUUCCAAAUCUGCGACGAGUGUCGUUCCACGAAUGCAGCGGCAUCCCGUCUUCUGCCUUUGAAGUUCUCCUCCCACGAUUGGUGAAUCUGACUCACCUUGAUGUUAGCCACACUCAGGUUAGUGAGGAUGCGCUGUUUUCAAUUCCGGAAACUGCCAGAAUUACCCACCUUGGACUUUCACGCUGCAUCCGCCUCGGCGGACCGCGGGUGGUGGAGUUUUUGACGACACAUCCAGCUGUGCGCGACUCGCUGGUUUACCUCAACGUCAUGACUGAUGCAUCGCGGUACCGACUUCUGGAGGAAGAAGAUGUGAAGAAGCUGCUUCCAAAACUUCCAACCACUCUUCGCUCCCUCAACCUUGGAGGUGCAAGAGUCACCUCGGAACACACCGAUGCUUUGAUUCCUCUGACUAAGCACUUGGAAGAGCUGGGUUUGAGCUCUGCGGAUCUGUCGGCACAGGACCUCAACCGCUUCUUUGCACCACCGCCCACUAGUGAAACAUCUGAGGUGACAUCCUGGGUGCCUUCUUCGCUUUGCUAUCUUGAUCUUACCAAAGUGCCUCAGCUCUCAGUGGGCAUAGUGUUCAAUACCAACUCCUGCCUACUGCUCACAAAGCAAAGCUAUCCUCUUCAAGUUAUCGAGUUCAGUGAAAAGCUGAUCACUCCACUGCGUGAGAAGCCUAAGAACACCAAGACCUCCCCCGACUGGACAGUCCGCGAACUGGGCCGUCGCGGAUGGUACGUGCGUGAUCCCGCCUCGAUGCCCGACACACCAAUCGACGAUGGCUCUCGUUCUUGGAAAAUGGGCGCUAGAUGGUGGGGAAUGAAAAAGAUUCCCGUUGCUGUCGGCGACGUCGGGGGUCUCUAUGGACAUUACAUGUUCAAGCGAUGAAUGAAGCCUGCAAUAGCGCUAAUUCCGUUCGCAAAGAUCGAGAUUAUACCCUUAUUUUUCUUGCAUGUCCUAUUAUUUGUUUGUUCAUGUUAGGUUUUGAGUUUGGUUCUGGGCGGGACUGUCUUCUGCAUUUCGAGAUCUGGAGCAUAAAAGUGAGCGUCUCUUUUUCAUGACAUGAUUGAGCGUGUGCUUUGUUUUGGCUGCAUAGCGGAAGCAAGAUUGUUCCAGGCGUAUGGCGUACUUGCACAAUUGUUCGUUUUGAUGCAGUUUGAGAUGAUAAUGAAAUUUGUCAAGUAGUAUUUAAUCUACCAAGUUGGCAAUGACAGGCCUAUCAGAGAG